UUUUAAGUGCCUCACAGAUCUUCGUGUUUUAGGCUUUAGCUGCAACUGCUGCCUUCAUUUCGUUUAUCAACAUUUUCGGCGGAUUUGUGGUAACCAAAAGAAUGUUGGAUAUGUUUAAAAGACCAGAAGAUCCGCCAGAAUACAACGUCUUAUAUGCCAUUCCAGCGGCACUUUUUUUGGGUGGCUACGGCUGGGCAGCAUCCCAAGGAUUGUCCGAAGUGCACCAAGCUGCCUAUCUCGCCGCCUCCUUAUGUUGUGUAGGUGCUUUAGGCGGACUUAGCUCGCAAAAGACCUCCAGGCUCGGUAACAACCUUGGCAUGAUAGGGGUCACUGGUGGAAUCGCAGCCACUUUAGGGCAACUGUCGCCCAGUUCCGAGGUUUUAACGCAAAUGUUCACCUGCGCCGCUUUAGGUGGCGGAUUGGGCACUUUAAUUGCCAAAAAAAUACAAAUUACAGAUUUACCACAACUCGUUGCAGCCUUUCACAGUUUGGUGGGUCUUGCGGCUGUGUUAACCUGUAUUUCCACAUACAUGCACGAUUUUCCGACGUUAGCAACUGAUCCAGCGGCUGGCGUACUUAGAACUAGCCUGUUCUUAGGCACUUACAUUGGUGGCAUUACAUUUAGUGGAUCUCUGAUUGCGUAUGGAAAACUUCAAGGGUUAUUGAAGUCCAAUCCACUUUUACUGCCAGGACGGCAUGCUCUUAAUGCUACGUUACUGUUAGCCAGUCUCACGUCAGGUGGAGCUUUAUUCUAUUGCCCUACGAUGGAAACAGGAUUGGCCGCAUUAGGUGCUACUUCACUGGUGUCUGCGACAAUGGGUGUAACUCUAACAUCGGCCAUUGGAGGCGCUGACAUGCCCGUCGUCAUUACCGUUCUAAACAGCUACUCUGGGUGGGCGCUUUGUGCGGAAGGCUUCUUGUUAAACAACAACCUAAUGACAAUUGUCGGUGCACUUAUUGGUUCAUCAGGUGCGAUUCUUUCAUAUAUUAUGUGUGUGGCAAUGAAUCGAUCAUUACCAAAUGUGAUUUUGGGAGGUUACGGAACGUCCAGUACUGGUACCGGGAAACCGAUGGAAAUUACGGGCACGCACACCGAAAUUAACGCAGAUGACGCCUCAAAAAUGAUCAGCAAUGCUCGCAAUAUUAUCAUAGUUCCCGGAUACGGACUUUGUGUUGCAAAAGCACAGUAUCCGAUUGCGGAGAUGGUCAAGUUCUUAAAGAGCAAAGGAAAGAACGUUAGAUUUGCAAUCCAUCCUGUCGCAGGACGUAUGCCUGGACAGCUAAAUGUUUUGUUAGCGGAAGCAGGCGUGCCCUACGAUGAUGUGUUCGAAAUGGACGAAAUUAACGAGGAGUUUAGCGCAACUGAUUUGGUGCUAGUUAUCGGCGCAAAUGACACUGUUAAUAGCGCGGCACUAGAAGACCCUAACUCUCCUAUUGCCGGGAUGCCAGUGUUGACCGUGUGGCAGUCGGAGCAGGUUAUCGUAAUGAAGAGGUCUUUGGGUGUUGGUUAUGCAGCUGUCGAUAAUCCAAUAUUUUAUAAACCGAACACAGCGAUGUUGCUGGGAGAUGCAAAGAAAACUUGUGACCAAUUACUGUCGAGAGUGAAAGAAACGUCUGUAUAAUUUUAAUAUUUUACAAUUAAUAUGCCAAUAUAUUUCAUCUCUAAUUACUUUUUUAAUUAAAUGCAUUAACUGCAAACCAA